AUUUACGAUGUGACAAUAUGCAUUGCCCGUCACUAUCAUCACUGCGUGAGUGUCGAGAAGGUCAAGACCGUUACUUGUCAUCAGAUCAUGUCGGCUAUCCUUGACAUGAACUGGAGGGGAAUGGAUGAGAAGUCGUUGGGUUGCACUGCAGAAAGCAGGCUCUGUUGAUUUGAUUCCGAAGAUACAUAAGACGCCGUACAUGGCUGUCGAGGAAGCAUGAACGGAAUCUUUGACAUUGUUGUUCCACUGCUUCACCAUCAAGUUUAGGCCUGGUCUGCCCCGCCUUCUGAAGACACACGAGAUGUUGUUGCGAUGUACGUAAUAUUGUUGAAGUCGCAGCUGGAAGCUGAUGAGACGUGCAAGGGUACCCGGAAAGUGGAUGCACCGAAAUGGAUUCGAGAUUGACAACUCCCGGUGGAUGAAGACCGAUCGCAAAGCAGGCCUCAGGAGAUUAACAAACGAAUCCAGGGAUAAUAUGCGACAGGUCAGUUGUAAAAAUGUUAAAAUGAAGUUCGAGCCUUAGCAAACUGGGGGUUGUCGUAAGUAAACGGGAAAGCUCACCAUAAAAAGCAAUCACCUGUCAAAACCCAUGCUUCCUUCCAGAAAAGCAGAGCAACAAAUCUUGAAUUGCAAGGAAGGCACCAACCAUGUCAACACAGGAUCCGGAAGGAAGCAAGGACUGCUGAUACCUAAAAAAUACCAACCCUACAUGGGAAGGUCUCACAUGACAGCUACCAUUUUCCACUGAAGAGCCAAGCCAGCAAACUUCAUACUCAAAGCGACAACUUGCAUUGCAUAUGAUGGCAUCCAAUGCCUGGAGCUGAUAUCACCACAGCAGCCGGGAUCUAGGGUCGAUGAGCCGCCAACAAGCUAAGCCAUUGGGAUCCAUCGCUAGAUCCAAGAAAGGAAAUGCUUGCUUCGACGUUUAAAUUAACCUAUAGCGUCGGAGUCAAGGCCAGCAAAGCCAUAGCCUCAAGCGCACCACGAUAUCUCUAGCGACAGCAAAUCUUCUGAUGUGACUUUUCCUGCUAGUGCAUCGGCCGAGAUCUCUGUCGGCCCCAUUGACAGUCAAACAAGGAUAUCGGAAGAAUGCGAUUGAAUGCUCAAGUUUCUUUUCUCCCCGCUGCGCGCCGCACCGUGGUCUGGGGCGUUUCAACAACUGCGAUUGGUUCCAGACAUUGAAACCAUGAGGGGCCGCCGUUCCCUUCAAUUGGGUCCAUUUUCCCGAUUCGGGGAACUCUUGCGAGAAUAUAUCAGUCCUUGACUUUUCCUUCUCUGUAUGACAAUGGAAGCGGGAGGUGCCCGCACACGGCAUCAAUGUCACAGGCCAUUCUAUUCGAUGGUUUGCGAUCUCCUAUUCACUGCGAUGAAGCUUGUUCCCUUCUGGAUAGAACCACAUGGCUUCUUGCGCACGCAAUCUUGCUCCGUUUCUCGUGUGUUUCUCCCGCCUCGGCACGACUCGAUUCAUCACAAGAUACGGCAUCAUGUUAAACUUCUUUCUUAAGCUGAGUCCCCGCCCAACGACCGAGGUCGUUGGCAUGGCUAUCCUGGUUCCAAGACGCUCUUUGGGCGUGAUGAUGCAUCAAAAUUUCCCAAAUUCCGAUCAACAUUGGUCAUCUCUUCUUGUUCUUCUCAUAGAGACGACGCCUCAUGCGUAGCAUCGCAAGAAUCUCCUCCCUGUUCUGUCUGUACCUUAUGUCGUUUUACACACCAUGUCUCUGCUCUCUGUCCGCUAUUCGUCCCGUCUCCUUACCUUCCUGUUCAAAGUCAUAACGGCGACAAUAGCUGGCUUUGGCUUUAGCUCCAUGCCUGCCUCUCAUCUGUCACCUCCCGAACCUGGAUUAGAACCCUUGUUUUUUCGUCGUCCACACUUUGCAUCGGCCUACGUACUUUUCUUUGCUUUCUUAGCCUCUUCCCACAAGGGAACCCCGAUCUCAAUCGCUCCGGCGGCUCAAGCAUCUCCACACAUCCCUCCUGGACUCUCCGUGUUUAGUUUGACUCUUUGGUCACUCAGUUGUCUCGAGAUAGUCCGAGCUUCUGGCAUUUGUCUGGCGUUUUCUUUCUUUCUGUGACAUGGCCAACGUCAUCUCUCGUUCACUUCCUAGUUAGGCAUCUGUUGACUAUUCUCAACAUUCUCUCACCGACAAUGUAUCUCACUCAUACCUGACUCUCCUGUUCCUGGCUCGGGCAAAGGACAUGUCCAUUCAUAAUCCUGGUGGAUAUCAUUCCAUCCCUCCCGCCUUUACUCUCAUAUCCUGGCAAUUAAACCUGGCAUGGUUCCGUCUUGCUGGGACCGCUCUGCUUUGAUGGAUCAUAACUCCAUGUCGAGCGAGGAUUCCUGUGUUUACGCUGAGUCCCAACCCGCAUGAGGCUUGCCCGCCUUCCAUCCUUCGUUACUUUCGCCUCAACUAGUCUAGUGUCAUCAAACAAAAUAGUAGAGUUUACGCCCGACGGUCAUUACCGGGCAUCAUCUUAGCUGGCCGACUUAUACAUAGUCGAGGCAGCGUCCUGCCCAUCGGUUCUGGUUAUUCACAAAUCCGAAACGAAUUCUCCUUGCCAACAUAUUCUUUGGCCCAUCUGCUCGGAGCCUGGCAUCUUACCAUGCUAUCUAUUACCGAGCUACUGGUUCCCGCACCCUCCAUCACGCUAUCGUACUCUGUAACACCAGCUCGGCCCUGCCUUUCACCCAUGUUAUCGGGAUCCUCUAAUUGCAUGGACACUUUACACAAGGCUCCGAAUUUGCCAGUUCUAUCUUUGAAUCGCCUGAGCUCGGAACUUCUGGCUCUUGUGUUCGAACAGCUUCGUGAGAUAGACUCACCAACGCUCACAUCUGUGCGUCUAGUCUCAAAGAGGUUCGAUGCCAUAGCUACACCGAUCGCCUACCGAUUCCUGACCUUGAACGAAUCUCUUGUCGCACCAGAUGCCGAACAACGCUAUCCUAACGUCUCUCGGCACAUCUCGCAUCUCACAAAUCAUGUCACAAUACGAAGCAACUUGAAUCCCACCAGAAUCACUGGAAUAUUAUCUUGCAUUAAGCGAUUAAAGUCGGUUCGAUGGCAAUACAUAGAUGGCGACAUUCCUGCAGAGGGCUUGUGGUCACCCUCGGAGCUCCGUCGCCUGCAUAAUUGCGACUCGAAUAGCACCCGACUAUACAUCGAGGACCUCCCCCUACGACGAGACUACAAUGGUAAUCCAUUGGACACCUUUACGAGAUCGAUUCCCUCAGAGCUGUUGGUGUCAUUGAAGCUCACCAAUCCGAUGCCGGUUCUGUCAACGAGGCUCAACUCGUUAAAGCAGCUUUUGGUCCAAUCUCGACAGCUGAAAGCACUACGCUAUGAAGAUCGAGGUCAGGGCACGUGCUUCAAGUUCUCUUCUGGAGAACGAAUGCCACCCAUCGUCGACUUGAUGCUACGGUCCUAUGACUGGAGCCAUACAGCUGAGGAUGUUCAGAAACAUUGGGAUUUCUCCAAGAUACAGUCGCUCGAGUUAAUUUCUGUGCCAAUCUUCAACUUCCUUCGCUCAGUUCCUUUCCGAGACUUCUCGGCGUUGCAUACACUCCAUGUGGAAGACUACAGUGCCCAUCUGUGUGACAAGAGAGAAGAUGCCACCAUUGGGUUGAACUUGUUGGUGAAAGAUCAUAUCGAGGCACUUGAGAUCUUGAACAUGACUUGCCAUACCCGAUUGCUCCGGCUUGAAUCUAUUGCAGCACAUCGAAAGUCACUACGGGUGCUACGGCUGAGGGACCACGUUGGAUUCUCAGAAGAUGACCAGAAAUGCCCAACCCUGGCACCGGUUGACUUAGCUCAAUUGGGUCAACAGCUAAGGUUUGUUCACACUCUUGAACUUGACCUAGACACCAGACUAUGCGAUCCUACUACCUUUCUCAGGGCGAUAUGUGUUUUUCCAGCUGUGCAUACGCUGGCCUUACACGUCCAGACCAUAAUCCACCCUCUAGAACAGGUCUCUCCAGGAGUCGACCGUGAUCGAGAGGCUGCGAUGCAAACCUUUAAACUACUUGUGCAAGAGAAGGAGAGACUCGGCUCGCAUACGCCUUGGAAGCAUAUCGUGCUCAAUGUCGGAGGUUGGAAGCGAGUCAUGGUGCGACGGCUGGGUGAUGUAUGGCGAAGAAGGAACGAGAUGGGCAUUUACGCUGAAAGAUGCUUUGUCUAUGAACGAGAUCCCCGGGACGGAAAUGUCACAGUGCGCGAAGAGGUCUGCGUUGAGAACACAAGUCGGGGAGGAAGCCCAAGUCCUUGAUGGUAUCAUCAUGACUGCAGCGAAACUAUGCAUCGAUGCUCUCACCGAAACACCGUCCACUUUGCAACACCUUGCUACCGGCUACAUAUACACACCCACAUCGACAAACACAUUAUAUUAGAAGAAACAUUGCAUCAAAGCGCGUCUAUUGGACCAGACGCCUGGAAAACAUAACGAAGAAACGACUUGACGAGCAUAAAAUACAAAUAUAAUAUAUAUAUAACUAUUACAUAUUUCGCCCAUAAUCGUUUCACUCCCCAAC